UAAGAAUGAAAGAUGUUUAGAAGAGUGAAAACAAACAAGGGAAGAAGACUUAUUUGUUUUUUGAACUGGUAAAAUACGAGAGAAGUUAAUAUUCCAAUUAGAAACGACACUCCUGUUAUAAUCGCGAGAAUUGUGUUACAAUACUAGUGCAUCAAAGGAGUGUGAACGCUUGUUACGUUGUUCAUUGUUUAGAUAGGAUUACCUAAAGGUGGUAGUACAAAGGCGAACGAUAGGAAGCACAAAGGAAGUCAAGGUUAAUAUCCUACGACACAAUCUUUAUUCUGUGUAAAGUAUUAUUAAUUUAAAAUGGCAAAAUCAUAUCGUCUUUUCAGUGAACACAUUUGUUACUUAUCGUAUAUAACACUUAUGAACUCAACAAUCGUAAUACAGUUCAUCAUUACGAAUUAGGAGACAAAUUCUACGUUCGACAUUCACAUAAAUCCAUAGUCGAAACAUUUUAUACAUUUGAAUAUGAAAUCUAGAUAGAAUUAAUUUUUCAUUGGGAGCAAAAUUGGUGGUUCAUGACUACAAACAACGCUAACCCCAGUUGUCCAGUCGCUUAUUUGUUCGUAUAAAACGAGGAAAGUGUUGUUGUACAGGCCAUUUUGGGAAACUUCUUUUCGCCAUUUAAAUAUAGAUGGACUACAUUAAAUAUCAAAGACAUUAACUUGAUAAUAAAUACUAAAGACGAUCGAAGAUUGUCUGGUUUAUAUACUCUGAUAUUUAAAUAAUCAUAAAUGCUUCUGGUUUCACUUACAUUGGAUUGUUCAAAUCCCAAAUGAGUGAAGGCAAUAUUUGUUGUGACGACCAUACGACAGCAAUUGUACAAUAAAAAAUACACUGUUUCAAAGAUAAAGUUAACAUUGUUCACAAUUUCUAUAGACACCGAGUCGAUAAUAUUUGCAAUCAUACAAAGCAGGAUAGCACAAGUUUUGAGUCGCCUUUGACAAUUUACAUAUGGUAGACGCAGGAAAUAUCAAAUUUCGAAUCGAUUUAUUUAGGGUUUUUGGCUAGGAAAAAAUAGAGAAAUAAUUUCAAACAUUUUGUGUCUAAAUUUUUAAGAAAAAAGAUUAUCGUUUACUCAAAAGUUCAUCACAAUACAACUAUAAAACUACGAUAAUUUGGACAAAUACCGCGUUGAUUUUCAUAUUUUGCGUCAAAUGAGUGAACCAGAAACUGACCAAAGGUUACCACAGGCUAUGAAUAUCUUUAUUAUCUCUUAUGGCAUAGACACAUGCGAGCGAUGAAGUAUAUCCUGCUUAGUCCAGUUUAGCAGCCACCACCUUCUAACAAUCUCCAACAUCUAAUGAGACGGAAAUUGUCGACAUGUCGUCGAAGGCAAAUAAAUCAUCCUGGAUGAUAGAUUUCAUUUUGGUGUCAACUCUGUGAUCACUGAAAUUGAUUGAAAUAGAUUGAAAUCGUCGUUGAAAUAGAUGGCCUAAAUAUGUUAUCUGUAAUUCAAAACGACGAAGUUUUUCUGCAAAAAAUAUAAGCUUUUAAAUGAUAUUUCUAUUUCCUCAUUCUACUUAGAAAAGAAUGGAAAACUGUGAAAGACCAAGAUCAAUUGAAUCUCUUGUAAAAUCACCUGUGCAAUUUGUUAAUACGACAGAGAGAAGUGUUGAAUUGUUUUGGUUUAAUCACUCUGGUGAAAAAGUUUCCUAUGGGGAAUUGAGCAAACGUGGUUCAUCCAUGUCGGUGAAAUUUAUUGAUACUUUUGUAACUCAUCCAUGGAUAGCUCUGGACUGUCAGAAUAAACAAAGAUUAUGGCUUAAUCGUCGAUUUCUUUUUCGUCCACCUCAACCCAGGACGCGGGAAACACUAAAUUCUCAGUUACUUGUGAAACGAGCCAAUGUCUUCAUCAGAAAUCCAGUGUUUAACGCACAAUCAUUGGUAAAUCUUUGUCUCAAAUCGAUUCAACAAACUACAAACCAUGAAGACAUAAAGAAACUACCAUUACCAAAAUACUUGUUGAAUGAUCUGAAGGAUUUGUACCAUUAAGUGAGAGCUUUUAGCAGGUAAUGAUAACAUACAACCUGGAUGCUUGUGUUUAAACAAGGAAAGAUUGUUCUAUGGUUUCCAAAAUGGUAGAACCAGUGUAAGUCUCAAAUAAUUACAUCAUCCUAUUUUAAAUACAAAAUACAAGAAAAGAAUGCCGUUCUGAAUGCUUGUGUCCACCAGGUUUAGUACAUUUGUGAACUUCUUUAUAGUGAACUGUAUAAUCAAAUAUAUAAUCACUAUUUUUUGGGUAAAACUCACACUUGGUAUAUUUUGCAAUUUUUGAAGACAUAUAAUUCAACUUUGUAGUUUUAUGAACUAUCAUAUGUAUUUAUAACAUCAUGUGAUGAAUAAUAAGAAAUUGUGGAAAAAUUACAGUGACAUCACCUGUCUGA